AUGUCAUUAUACAACGACAAAUCGGUUCUCCAGAAUUUCCAUGCGGCGACUACGUUUGAGGCACUAGAAGCGAACCCGACCUGUGAUCCGACUCAAUGGCUUUACCAGAGCGAAAAAGAACGUUUCCGGAAGAUAGUCAUCGAUUGCAUUAUGUCGUUGGACCCGGCUGGUCAUUUCAGAAGAGUGGAGGAACUCGAGGAUUCGACGACGCGACCUAUAAAUCUUCUGCGUGCGGUGAUUCGAGCGGCCGAUAUGGGCUUCACGGCGAUGCCGUGGGAUUCGCAUUAUGCGAGCGUUGAGAGACUCAUUUCGGAGUAUGUCUCUCAAGGAGACGACGAAUGGGCGAUGGGGAUACCAGUGAGCUUAUACUGCGACUCAGCUACUUUGGACGUCCCUGGCAUGCAGUUGGGGUUCAUCGAAUUAAGUACACUUCCUCUGUUUGCUGCUAUUCAGAAGCGUAUCGACGAACACAACUCGAUGGCUAGUGGACGGAUUGAGAAAGUUCUCUGUCAAAUUGAGUCCAAUCGACAACGGUGGGAAGAGCUCGUCGAUACUCGAAAUCGUUUCCAAUCGGGGGACAGCGAUGAUGAUGAUGAUGGCGAUAAUGAUGGUUUUGUCAUCGCAAACUUCCCUAAGAGAGUUAUCAGUAUGUAAAUUUGAGUUUGUUUUGAUCCUUAGUCGGUCGAAUUUUGUCACUGCGCCAUGAAAUUAGGUGCGACGCGAGUUGUUGCGUCCACAAACAGGGUACCUUCUCGCAAUGUCAAUUGCACACGUAUUCUACUGUUCAUUUUUCUGUAACAAAUU